GCGGGUCGUUAAUAUUUGGAGUUCUAGUGCUGCACUCUACUCGAGCCACUCUGUACAUUUUGUAACUAUGUACUCUGUAGUCUGUUCUAUUCACCAGUCUGUGAUUAUACUUUCCUACUGUCCUCGCCAUACUUAACCAAUACCUAUCCUUAUUCUGCCUUGUUUGAAGAGAAUUCCACCGGACAGGGGAGUCUUCAGUGUUUUACGUUUAACAUGUGGUUUAGUUUUUAGACUUGGUCUGUACCCUAGCACGCGCUAUAUUGAUAUAAUUAUAACAAGUAUCUUGAAUAGAACCACCACAAAAAACAAGGUCUUAAGCCAUAACAACGGUAUUAAAAUUUAAAUCCCAUUUAUCUCAUGAGAUAUCAUGUGUAACAUGUAACGGUAUUGUAUGUGAGCCUAGCCUCAGCCCUAUAAACUGAUGUGGUAGUGAAUGUAAGAGCUAUUAUUUAACUUUGUGUUUGAUGAUGCUAAUUGGGGGUAAACGUUUCACAUGGUGGACGUUUAUUGUUUGGACCUUUCAGUUUCACGUUUAUUGUCUAGCAUUUGUCGCUUAUACUCAGUGUGCCUUAGCUGGAAUUCCAUUGCAACUGCGGUCGUUACUCGUUAGCUUUUUAUCGCGGCGGUAGUUGAUUGUUGUACCGUCAGGAAAUGUGAUCCGUGUUGAAAAUAUAGUGGUUGGCCCCGACCAAUUAUUUGAAAGGAUAUUUCUUUGUAAAUGUGUAUAAUUUUUUCAAUAUGCAGGACCGUCUUACUCAAUCUUAAUUCCAUCGCGAGGUAUUUUUAAUAUUUGCAAGUGUAAAAGAUACAUUUUCUCAACCAAGCAAAACUUCUUGAGAUUGAAAAUUAUUGUGAAAUUCUAUUCGAGAAGAACAUGAGCAGAGGCUGUGAAUUUUUAUGUCGUAUACGUAAUGCUUUAAAGUUUUCUUGCCAAGGAUCAGACAUACCUAGUACUUCUAGACAUGCCUAGUUAUACUUCUAGUACCUACCGAUUAGAGUAAUCUAUACUUCACAUCGGAUCACCCGUCUAAUACUAAGAUGAUUUAAAGUUUGAGCUUAACACGCGUUUAUCUUAGAUCAAUGUAAACAUACCUCAAAUACUUUGAAUUCCUUCCACAUAGUUACAGGAGAAUGAGGAGGUAAUCAAAAUUGUAAUACUCUUCCAAAUAGUUGAGAUGAAGUCACGAAGAGAUAGUUGGAUCUUGUUUCAUUGAAACUUAAUGGUCUUCAUGUGGUUGAUCCCUAACUUUGUCUCUGUCCACUCAUGUGGCGUAUAAUAACCAUGGCGGAGAUUUCUAUACGAGCCGUUAAUUUAGAUUUCUCUUUUACCCGGUUAAUCACAGUUAGAGUAAUCAGGAAAUAUGGUUAUCAAUCACAUGGCUAUACAAGACCUGGCGCGGUGUAAUCAAAUUGCUAGUCCCACAAUUCCCAUAAUCCAAUCGUGAUGGAAAUUCUAUACCUCCAGUUUUUUCCCCAGCUGACUGUUGUCCUACGUAGUGGACCUUCAUCUACUUCAGGUUCAAUGAGAUCAUUCAUCAUGUUUCAAUCAUUAAAAUAGUUCGGCGUUCAGGAAUUUUUGUUUACUGUUGCCAGGAUGAUCUCGAAGUAUAUAAUAUAGUCGUUCUUUGGGAUUUGUUGAAGCUAGCUUCUUAGGAAAACCCGGACUGCCUCUUUUUCGAUGAUAAAAGUAUAGUAUUGGUACAGGGAUUGUUUUUGGACCACUGAACAGUUCAUGAAUAUUGGAUACCAAUUUUUGUCGACAUUUUGCCCUCAUUGAACAAAAAAAAUACUCCAUCCCCAUUUAAUUAGUGCUUCUUCUUCGAACAGUCAUUACUGAGAAUUGGUAGCUGUGCCAAAAAAAUGUGGAGCGGUGGAAAUAACAAAUUGUAACGUUGAAAGGUUGUACACGACGCUAAAUUCUGACCCUUCGUCGAAAUUCAAAAGCACCCAAUUUGCAAUAAAACUAAACUUAGUUGAGUGUAAAUAGAAGGGGUUUCAAUAUAAAGGAUUUUGUUCUUUUUUCAAUCUCACCACACUCCCCAGUAAGAAUUAAAAUGAGCUGAUUGUUGGACCAAUAACUAUAGGUCAAUUAUAAACCGAGUUCAACUCCCAUGAUGUAGUGCACAGUGAUCUAAAUGAUUGUUUGUUAUCGGACCAUGGUUCUCGUUUGUGUGUGUAUCUGCAGUGAUCACGCCACACCGAAUUUAGAUCCGCAUUCCAGCUAUUUCUCUCCCUGCCUCGUCUGCAGCCUGUGUGCUGCCCCAUUCCUUUGUCACAUUCCACGUUUUAAAGCUUUUACAGAGAUUUGAUUCCCUAGCAUGGAUAUAUCUUGUCGUGAGAUUCAGGGUAAACGGAUAUUAUGUUAUUUUGCCCGUGUGUUCCUAUGUAAUUUUGAAACUAUGCAUGAGUGUAACUUGUUUUAAUGCGAUUCACAUUAUUUUUGUUGGUUACAUAGUCCCUGUGGGUUGUGAGGUGCAUUCCUUACUUUAUGCCACGUAUUUAAGAUACUAAGAUAUUACGUCAUGAUUUGUCUAAUUUUAGGUGUACUUAAUCUAAUUUUGUCUAUGUUUAUUAGUUUACUGAUGAAAGCAAGAUUCUAUAAUUGUAUUUUUAUAUUGCAAUCUGCAAGAUCCAGUUCGCACUCGAACGAUAUGUUUAUUUUAUGGUUAUUGUUAUUGAUACCUUCUUCACUUACAGCCGUGCCAUGACCAUCGAUACGCGGAAUGUAAGGAUCGUGACUUGACCCGUAAAUUUGUCGAACCCUCUCGACUUGAGUCACGUAUUUUGUUUAGUGGUCAUGAACGUUUUCACGUCUAUCAUGAGAGUUUUUAUGUUGUGUCUUUAGACUUUUAGAGGUUGUGACUCUUUCGUGAGUGUUGUCACGGAUCUAGUCACGGCCUGUCUGUUCCUAAGCGUAUGCAAGCUAUUAAUUGAACCUGUAUUAUUGGGUUUCACCGUAUCGGUGUAUUUCCUAACUCCCUGUAAUCUCAGCUUCAUCCUUCUUCAAUCGCUGUCCUCGUAUGUUUUACACUUGAAUAAUAUAAUUAAUAUUGAGAUUAUUAUUGAACCGUGUUAUUGUUUGUUAGGUUGCAAUGGGAGGCUGGUCUAUAUUACCAAGGAAAUCUGACCGUUUGAGCGGCAAACUGUUGCGAGCAUGUAUUGCGGAGUUGUUUGGAACCUUCUCUGUUGUGUUCUGGGGUAUUGGAGCUGGUAUUGGAGGAACUGGAAACUUGGCACUAGGAUUUGGAAUAGCUACAGCCGUCACAGCCUACAUAUUUCAUGAUAUUAGCGGCGCUCAUUUUAACCCAGCAGUUUCGCUGGCGAUGUUCUUCGCUCAGAGGAUUUCGCUUGUGAGGUGCUUUUUGUACUGGGCAAUGCAGGUGUUAGGCGCUACUCUUGCAGCUUGUGUAUUACUUUUGCUGAACGGCGAAGUGACAGGAAUGGUAGAUUUGAGACAGAAAGACGGAUCAGUAGAUGAAGUUCAACAGUGGGCCGGUUUCUUGUGUGAACUUAUUGGAAGUUUUUCGAUAAUUUUCACGUACCUUGCUGCAACAAAUACGUUCAGAAAGUGCAGGGUCUCCAGCUAUGAUUACCCGAUAGCUCUCGGACUCGCAGUAUUCGUCGUGCAUCUCACUUUGUUGCCCCUUACCGGGUGUGGUGUAAAUCCUGCCAGAGCCUUGAUGGUCAACGCAAUAGGGGACCACGUUCCGCACAGAAUUUGGGUGUACAUUGUUGGCCCACUUGUGGCCAGUUUUGUUGGGGCAUUCUCCUACGAGCUUAUUUUCUCCUUCCCCCUGAAACCUGUGUUUGAAGACAAAUACGGUGAGACGAAUAUAGAGCUUGACGGACACUCCCCGAGUCUUCCUGCCAGCCACCCUCCAACACCCAUAUCAUCCCAAGAUAUUGUCAUUUCCAACAAAACGAACGGAGAUGUCGCUUAUGAGUAAUUUUCAUGGAAUUGAAAUCUUUGCUAGGGUGUACAUUUAAAAAUUGAAUUUAUUGAAUCAGUGGCUAUUGAUGCAGUAUAGAAUGCUGUCGCUAGGUAACGAGCUACGAGCUGCAGCUUUGAGUGUCGCUGAUAAGUUCUAUUUAUCGCUUAUAAAGUUACAAACCCGAGAAGAUGAAGACUUGAAGUUUGGUCGUGAAUUCAAAAUAAAAUCUUAGAUUGUUAGAUACGUUAGAAGUUAGUGAUCAGUUAUUUAAAACGUAUCAAAUUGACAGCCACGCUUGCUAAUGCUAGCACUGUGGUUAAACUUAAAUUAUAUCACAGCAUUGUUAAUUACAUUACCAUGCUAUUGAUAACGAGUUUUCAAUUAGUAGGAAGUCGAAAUUUUAAUUGUAGGAAGUCGAAAUUAUAGGAAAUAGAAAUAGACUGCAUUGUAUCUAUGAUCAACAUGCACAAUGUUGAAUGUUUUAAUCUUUUUUAUGUGCCACAUUCAUAUACGUUUACGUGAUUGAUUUCUUUCUCUAUGUCAAAGUAAUGAGUAACUACUAACUGGUUAUACAUUUUACAUUUUUUACGCCACGAUCACUAAAUGGGUUCUUUGUAACGGAGAAGAACAAAAAGAUCCAUAAACUGACACUAAAGAGUUGACAAUAGAAAUUUUGUGAUUUCGAGAUUACACAAUUAUUAUACAGUCAGUUGUUAAUUAAGUAAUUAUAUUAUUAUCAAUCAUGCAAUUAUUUUGAAAAUUAAUUUAGUUGAAAUGAAAUGUGGGUAUGAUGUAUGAGUUCAGCUCAAUUAAGUACACACACUUAUAGAGUGCACUUAUUGAAAUGAAUGGGAAAUUAAAUUAAAAUUGUUUUAGAAUUUUUUAAAA